AUGGUAUCAGUUAUAAAUUAUAAGGAGGAAUAUAAUGCAAUAAUGGCCAUCCUUUUAAAGCUGCCGUUUGGAACUGAUUUGAGUAGAUACCAAGAAUUAAGCUUUGUAAGAAAUCGGAACACUUUCCUGUACUAA